CGCGGCCGCACGUCGUCGCUGCCGCCGCUUUCUUAAAGGGUUUGUACGCGAGCAUCGCUUGAUGAUCAUCGGGCGCUGACCAGCUGUCACCGUGCGUGCGGCGCCGUCGCGUGCGUGCGCGCUCAGUAGGCUCUUUCGCGUGAGCCGUUCUGAUUAUCGGGCCCCGCUGACUGGACGCUUGGCACUUGCACGUACUACGACACGACGACUGACUCGAACUGUGUGACCUCUUCGCGCUGUCUUCCGCUCACUGUCGUCGACGCUCCGUUCGUAAUAUUCGCGUCGCAUAGACGCUUGACGGGGCCGAAAGAAUGCACUCGCCGGACCCAUCGGCGAUCGCCCCGCUGUGCUGCGUGCGCUGACGUGUGUCGCCGACUGUGUACUCCGCUGCGCUGUCGCUGUGUCGCCGUCGUUCACAGCUCGCUGCUCUGACUGCACUCGGCGUUCUGUUUUGCGACCUCUGUGCGUACAUUGUCCGGCGUGUCCUCCACGCGUCAAAGAAACGCAGGGUGAUUGCGGCGAACAACGUUGCUCUUUCUGACUUUUCUCAAACUCUGCCGUCAGGACUGCUCUGGCUGGUGUUUCUAUGGCCACGUGUGUGUGACAGGACGCUGCCACUGUUACUCUUCUUCUGUCCAGGUCGAAGUGUUCAUCUGGUGAUCUAAGGGGACUCCGACCCAACCGGCGGCAAGUCCAGCGCACUCAUCGUGCAACGCCGCUAUAGUCAACCCAAUCGCACUGCUACUCCGGCGAAGAGCCAUGCAUCCCAGCAGGCUGACGACUGCUCGGUCCCAUGCGCACGGAGCCCGUUCGCCGCAGGAGGUGUGCGUAGCAUUUUUGCUGGCAGCGACGCUGGUGUGCCUGUCCCUAUCGAGUUUGGCGCACCCUGCCGACGCGCAGCAGGACGACAAUUCGCUGGACUACUCCGUCUUCGCCGGCCCACCGCCAGAACCCUCGCAAUGUCCCGGCGGCGCUGGCUGCGAAGAUGGCGUCCUCGACUCAGGUCGGGAAAGUGGCCCCUCGGCUGAGGUCGUGGCCCCUUCGUCGGACGACGGUGGAACCGGUUCGACGUCGGACGGCGGCGAGCAGGGCCAGAUGACUGCGGAGGCCGAGACGACAACGACGGCGGAACCGAGUUCGCACUCGGAGUCGUGGUCGCCUACUGUCGUGGGACCCAGACCACCAUCGGCUGCAGGGGGAGGAGGAGCACCGGCGGUUCCCGUGGAGUACACCAUCCGAGCGGGGAAGACCAACAUCACUGUCAACGGCACAAGGACGGGUCAUAGGAGUGCAGUACAGUGCGGCCCAUCGUGCCGGUGUAGCAGCAGCGGCCCGCACGAAGGUGUCAGCGAAGCAGCCGGCUGCCCCGAGGGCGUGAGCCUGGUGCGCGACGGCUGCAAUUGCUGCAGCAUCUGCGCCCGGCAGCAAGGGGAUACCUGCGACGCCGUUCAGCUGUGCGAUGCCCGCCGGCAGCUGCACUGUGUCUACCCGGACAGGAACGCCUCGGUCGGCACCUGCAAGGUGGUGCAGGGCCAGUCGUGCCAGGUGGAAGGCCUCGGCCAGUACAAGGACGGCGCCACCUUCAAGCUGGACUGCCGCACUCAAUGCUCGUGCCAGAACGGCACCUACGGCUGCGUGUCACUUUGCCCCCAUGAGGGAGUGCGCCCGUCGGCAGAGUGCCGCAAUGCCAGGCUCGUCCGCUUGCGUGGAAACUGCUGUCGCGAGUGGCUGUGCGACCACGACAUGAUGAAGCAGCCGCUGGCUCUGGCACGCGCCUCGUGCGAGCGGCACGCUGGCGACUGGAGUCCCUGUUCGGCCACGUGUGGCGUGGGCACGUCCCGUCGCUUGGUCACCGACUUCCACCUCGGCCAGUGCCGCAGCCGCAACGAGACACGCAUCUGCAACGUGAGACCAUGCAGCGGCCGGGACGCCACCGGAAUCGCUGGGGCCUCGGGAUCACGCCACAGGACCAGGAGGAACCACUUGUGUCGUGCCACCGUGCGGGCCUCGUGUGCCGAGCCGCUGACGGACGGCGCCAACUGCACAUCGGUGUCACCGCAGACGCCCAAGUACUGCGGCAGCUGCCCAGGGCGCCGGUGCUGUUUUCCGGUGCUCACCACGACCACCACGCUACCUUUCCACUGCUUCGAGGAUGGAGCCUGGGUGACGCGCCACAAGGACGUCAUGACCAUCGUGCGCUGCCGAUGCAAGCCCAAGUGCUAGCGAACAUAUCGGCGCCAUCUUUCCCACUCCCUCCUCCAGCUGUGGCUGCCCCUCAAGUACUUGUCACUUGUCUUCAGUGCGUUGCCAGGAGAGAGCCGCACUCGGUGACUGUCCCCCUUGCAAGCCCAAGUGCUGGCGCCCGGCGCCUGCACGCACGUUUCCCUCCCUCACGACGAGUGUCCUCUUCUAUGGGGCACUCGUACCUUGUUAUCCUGCGCCCGGGAGGGCGGGGACUCAUAUGGACGGCGGCGUGAACGCAGAUAAAGGACCUCAUGUCGCCAACCGCUAUACUCAAACAGAGAUCAGCUGUAUGGCAACCGAUGAAGACCCGAACUUAGGUGCGAACAGUGCUGGUAGCCGCAUUUGUCUUUCGCCCUCAUCACGCGCGCACUGCCCCCAGCUGCUGUGUCACAAGUACCGGGCAGCGCCCACUCUUUACUGCGAUUGUUCAAGACAGCCGUCGUGGUGGUGGGCAUUAGGCCGAAAAGUGUCAGUGAACUAUACGAUACUAAAGUGUUUGGUGCACGCGCGACUGUGGUGAACGCCUCGGACGAUACCACUGUCGGCGAGCAUGCUGGUCAACUUGCGAAAGCGUUUCGCCACCCGCGCACUAACUCAGGUUCGAGGACACUAAUUGUGAAAAAUGUGGUACGCUCGAUCAACAACAAUGGACGAAUUGCACCUGCUUUAUUUUCUGCGUCCCAGGCAACAUAAAAGUCGUGUGUUGCGAGACUUAUCAACUCGCAACAAAAGAAAGUUUUCUGAUCCUCAAAUUAGGACGCAUUGUGAGUCACCCGGUCUUGAGGGAGCCACUUCAAUGAAACCUUUCAUGCAAGUGUGUGCAAAUGUGCACUAUCCGUAAUUAUAAACUGUGUGAAGAUGGCAAGGAAGCCAGUGUAUUUGCGAACAUUUCCGAUUCACGGCCGUAGUUCGUACGAAGGCCCUUUCUCAAGCGGCAUACCCAGAGGUAAAGCGCGAAGGUGCUCUAACACACAAAACCUGGCCGCCUAAGGUAUGUGACUACGUGGUGUGGCUUGUAAAUGCCACAACCAUAACGAUCAUGAAGAAUGUGGAGGGCCUCGUGGAAGCUUCUGAGAACCUAUGCCUCCCACAAGCGUUUCGUGCUUGCGAAAACGUGCCCAUUAUAUAAUACACAACAUUUCAGCGGGGAACUAAUGUUUAAAAACAUACGCAGACAUCAGUGUCCCGCCUUGCUUGUUGAUGUUGAAGCUGCUACGUGAAUACGACAAACGAAACACCGAGGACCAUGUAAUGUCAUUACGCUGUGAGAAAAGGUUCUUGUUCCUUACAACAUUAAGGUAGUGGCGCUAUUUUGUUGUUGAAUUUGAAGAUCUUAUCUUGUUUAUUUCAUUAAAAACAGUGUAGCUGUUUGGUAUCACAUGAAGCCACAUGUCGGUUCAAU